CCGCGAUGGAGCUGCACAUCCUAGAGCACCGGGUACGGGUGCUGAGCCUCGCGCGCUCCGGUCUCUGGCUCUACACCCACCCACUCAUCAAGCUGCUAUUCCUGCCCUGCCGAAGCCGGUGCGCGCCCGGGUUCGGGGCCACAGAUUAGGGUGGGCUCCACUAUGGCUCCGGGACCGGGUCGGGAGAUUAGAGUCACCGCGGGCGAGUGGGGGCGAACGAGAACGGGCGGGGAGGGCCCUUCCACCCCACCACCCGGCCGCCAUCCGGCUUGGCCUUACCCUCCCUGGGACCGCCGCCUAUCCGGGGCCAGUUAAGGCGCAAACAGCCUAAGGUGGGCAGUGCUUAACUCUGAGUAGUAUCAAAUGGGGGUAUUCCUUCCUGGCGACUGAGGGGAGCUUCUUGCAGACGCCUCCCAUCGGGUCAGAGGGACCGGUCUAGGCGACUCCAAGUCUGACGCCCCUGGGCUGUCGCCGUGGGUCAUCUCCUCCCUCAUGCGGAGGUGCAAAUUCUUCAGCCUGACGGAGACUCCCGAGGAUUACACGCUCAUGGUGGACGAGGAGGGCUUCAAAGAACUGCCCCCAUCCGAGUUUCUGCAAGUGGCUGAGGCCACAUGGCUGGUGAUGAAUGUGUCAUCCCACAGCGGUGCAGCAGUGCAAGCUGCUGGGGUCACAAAGAUUGCCCGCUCAGUCAUUGCACCACUGGCUGAGCACCACGUGUCUGUGCUGAUGCUGUCCACUUACCAGACGGACUUCAUCCUGGUGCGGGAGCAGGACCUGUCUGUGGUGAUCCACACACUGGCCCAGGAGUUUGACAUUUACCGAGAGGUGGGCGGGGAGCCUGUGCCUGUUGCCAGGGAUGAUUCCAGCAAUGGUUUUCCCCGAGCUCAACAUGGGCCCAACCCCACGGUGCAUCCAAUCCAGAGCCCACAGAACCGUUUUUGUGUCCUCACACUGGACCCUGAAACACUGCCAGCUAUUGCCACCACCCUCAUCGAUGUCCUCUUCUACUCCCACAGUGUUCCCAAAGAGGCAGCCUCUGGUGAUCCUGGACCCAGUUCCAUCACGUUCUUUGCCUUCUCCCUCAUCGAGGGCUACAUCUCCAUCGUCAUGGAUGCAGAGACGCAGAAAAAGUUCCCCAGUGACCUUCUGCUGACCAGCUCCUCGGGAGAGCUGUGGAGGAUGGUGCGCAUUGGAGGACAGCCCCUGGGUUUUGAUGAAUGUGGGAUUGUGGCCCAGAUCGCGGGUCCCCUCGCUGCGGCAGAUAUCUCUGCCUACUACAUCAGCACCUUCAACUUUGACCACGCCCUGGUGCCCGAGGAUGGCAUCAGCAGUGUCAUCGAAGUCCUCCAGCGACGGCAGGAGGGCCUCGGCUCCUGAGGCCAGAGGGGAACAGCAGCCUCUGUGUUCUUCCCUUACGCCCAGGCUUCCAGAGACUUAUCUAAGCUAUUUCCUCAAGCUCUGGAUGAGCUAUCGCCCUCUCCCUCCCCCGUUCAUGCAGGGGACCCCUCCUUCAGCUCUCCAUAUGUAAGCUGCGUGCAGGCACCGGCUCUCACGUGGAAAUGCGUGUCUGCCCACACAGGGGAACAUGGUGCUCCGGGCUUCCACAAGGAAGCCCUCGAUCCAUCACUCCCAGCCCAGCCUCGGCGUUUGCACAUUCCCUGCCUGAGGCUUGAGACAUCCCCCCUCCACACCCUACCCCGGGCCAGCUGCUCCCUGGACAGGGCCCUAAUCUCCGUUCUGCCUCUGGCUGGGUUGUCUUCCCUGACGAGGUGAGUUCUGACAGUGCCUCCCCAUCAUGGGGCCUCCAAGAAAAGUAUUUUUACAGCUCUCUCUUCUUUUUUAAUCAACUUGUUAAUAAAGGGCUUAUAGUGACCAG